AUGUCCAAGUCGUUCCAAGAGUUCAAGCUUUUCUGCAACAAGGUUGGGCUGGACUUUCAGUGGCUAAAUGCACAAUCCCCCAAAUCUGUUCCGGAAAACAACCCCUCUGAAAGUCCUACAACUACCAACGAAGUCGAGAAGCAAAAGUUAAGACCAGCCACGGAGCCACUCAAACUUGAAGAGCCUGAGAAUUCUGCCAACAAUUUUUUUGAUGAUUUCAAGAAUGCUCAACUCUGGAACGUGUUUAAGAAGAACAGCUCAGAUGUCCUCCCCGCCGAUGCCUACACCGAAAUAAAUCCAGAACAACUACCGGAAAUCGCACCCGAGACAAGGCCAGAGGCAAAUGAAAUAAUUUGUUCCAAUCGGGAAAAUCCCACAAUGAUAAACGAAUUGUUACCAGCACCUUUUGCUCGGCGUAAACAAGGAAAAACAGUUUUCACGACUCCAUACUCUCGAAGUCAUACCGCUACUACAGCUUCCUCCGCGCCCAACCCUCACGAUUGUGAUGCUUUCCUAUCUCCUCCUUCUGCGCAAGGCCACAACGCAAUUGUGCCAUAUACAACGUACUCGACGUCCGGCAAUAACGAUUCGGUGCCUUCGCUGGCGUCAUCCGUUAGCACCUCCUCCUCGGUAUACUCGCCAUGGGAUCCUUCCCAUUUGCCCUUCCCACCAUCAUUUCAGGCAGAUGCUUUCACAUCACCUGAUUCGGAAGCAUCGUGUUCGAAGUACAGCCAUACCAAGCAUUCCAGACCAGGAGAGUCAAAUGAAUCUCGUGUUACACUUGGCAUUUCUUGCAGGAACACGGUAAACACGGUAGAAAAACUCGACCAUCACGAACGUUUUCAAAGCAGAAGAUCUGAAGUAAUAACUGCCCCCCGCCGUCAAGACACAAAUUGCAGUGCCUGUUCUGCGGCGGCGUUUAUUGAGUCCAACUCCACAGUCAACACCACCAUUCCAUCAUACAUGAAAAAGUAUCUCAAAAAGCCACAGAACUGGUUUGAAAAGACCAUGGGCAAAUACUGCCCGUUGUUCCUAAGAGGCACAAAGAACAUUGAUUACGAUUCGUCCGAGUUCAGGUUUGAACGCAAAAUGAUAGCCGUACAAUAUCUGCUUUUAGAUGAGCACUCCGAACCCAGAAUGUACUAUAACCCUUCCAAUAAAACUAUUCCUUUUUGGAAAAGGCCCCUCAACUUCGAUACAAUGCCGAGCUACGACCAACUCCUAGAUGAAGCCGAACGCUGUUUCGAUUCAUACCAAUACAGAUACGUAGGAUUCCAAAGAAUAGAACCGUACUCCAUUUUCUAUCCUUGGAAAAACACGCAAAGAGAAAUAGACCUAGUCCUCGAUCACAUCCAUUUCUCUCUCGAUGUUGGUAACAAAAAAUCUCUCAAACGAAAGGGGAACAUCACUCUCGAUACCUUGGACAGCGAAAUCGACCGCGAUGUUCGAAUUAAGCCUUACCAGUGUUUCCCCUCUAACAACCUAGUGUACGAGGGCCUAGCGCAUCCCGCGGAACAGUCCCUGAUAGAAGACCCUGACGCCUCUCUCAUUGAGAGGGCAUACCAGGCAUUGGUAAACAUUUGCAAGGAGUCCGACCCACCCUCCGAUGACCUCCCCACCCGCCAUAAUAAUAGCGCUCCUCAGCUUGCCGUCACAGUCCAAUCUAAAUCUUGCCGCCUGCUUCUAGUUCGUGAGUGUAGUACAGCCACAGAAGCAGAUAUCAAUAAGGAAUUCAGGUUCAAUCUAAGGACAAGGGAAGUCGAGGUGACCGUACCGGCGCCUCCUCAUCCCUGUGAAACAAGAGGUCUGCUACAAAGGUGGCUUCUCCCACUUGUGCGCCAGUGA